UAUUACAAGAGUGAAGUGAGAUACAAUGAAACACCUACAAGCCCAACAUUUAUGGAUGCAUACAUGACAUCUAAAAAAACCAUUUAGCAUUACAGCUAGAGAAUUAUUUAUUAAGCUACGAGCAUAAUUACAAAUAUUGAGUAUUGUUAGUCAUGUGACAAGGAAAAGUUUUGUAAUUAAUUGGUUAUUUUAUCCUGGAAAAUCUGUGGAUUUUAGCUCGGAAUUUUCACACUAACCCUUGUUUUAUUUUCCAACAAAAUAUUCUUUUUUAAAAUCAAAAGCUCAAUACAAUUUCCCAGAACAUAAGUUGACUUAUUCACGUCUUGUUUUGUUCAAAAUGAUGUCCACCACAUGUGUCUGCAACAACCACUGCUGUAGUGUUUGGUUGAAUGAUCCCAACACACAAUUGGCUAACCUGCCAUCUAGACUGCAAGUGUCUAAGAUGUGUUUUUCACUUGCAUGUCUCACAACAGAUACACUCUCAUUUUAAUCAUGCCAGUGUCUGCACCGAAUCUCAGCUCCGAAUCUCAUCUCCGUCUCACAGGCGUAGCUGUGACUUGAAGCCAUUAUUUAUUCUGCAAGUCUAUGGUUUCCAUACGUGAGUUUGAUAUCCAAUGCAAAGGCACAGAAUAACUGUGUCUCUGGAUGCAGAGCAACAGCUGAGAGGCAGCAAUGAGGUCAGCAGUGUAUUGUAGGUCUGUUAGCUUUCAGUGCUGUAGGUGUGUUAGCUGUUAGCUGACAGUCAAACACACCUUCCAAAACAAGUAAGCAAAUUGCGUUGAUGCACUCAGCUGCGUGAUCACUUGCAGCUCCUACUGCCCGGUUCAAAGUCGUGAGCGAGGAGUCAGCAGUCAAUCAAUGGCCUAUCAAACAGGUAAUUACAUUUUGUUUUGCAAAAGUGUUAGUUAUAGGCGCCUUAUACAGCCUGAACAGGGCAGGACUAUGUUCUGCCUCACUCUUCUGUAUGAAAGGUGCGGAGGUGGCAUAGAGGGACAUAGUAAUUUUGUGGCUGAGCCCACCGGAGGUCGUCACAGAAACAAACCAAAUCCUUGUGAGAAAGGGGCCGUCAGCAUGACCAAAUGGCUGUCACGUUAUGAUGAAAUGCUAUUUGUGUUUCCCAGCCACAGGCAGAUUAAAAAACAAUUUGAGAAUGAGUUUUGCUUUAAAUUACUUUUUUCAAACUUAUUGUCAAUUAAUUGACUCAUCAAUAUAUUUAUAAAUUUAGCUAUCACGUAAAAUAUAACACAAUCCUCACAUUGAAAGUAAAAACUCAGAUAUUCAUUUAUUUUCAAUGCAGCUGUGGUCUCUGCGUCACAAACACAUUUUAGUCCAUAUAGAAUAUCAAACAUGAAAUUACAGUUGUAAACAUUUUUUUUUAAACAGUCAACAUUCAUAUAUGUUUCCUAAACCUUCUGCUUUGAACAGUUCCUCGCCAGUUAACCUCUUCUUUGCCGACCUUCAUGUUGUUACAAUGUUGACAGUGAGGCGAAAGUCUCUUUGAUAGAAACUUUCAAACCAACUUCGCCAUGUGGAACCAAAAUGGCAGUUGCAUUCGGCAAUCUAAUCACAUCCGUCUUUUACUUCCUGUCGGAGGGCACGCACACGCGCGCCUUGCGUCAUUACGCACAUCCGGUUCUCUUCGAAGAGUCCCCCCUCUUCUCCUCACCGUCGCGCCGUGAAGUGGAUGUUUUGGUGAAAAAUUACCGUGUCGAAAAGGGACGUAAAUACCAUAUACGUGACAUUUCGACCGAGAGGGACCUAAAGCGGCCGAGCGACGGGGAAGAAGAGCGUCUUUGGGGACGGUUUCGGCUUUAUCUUUGUACCGUAUUCCUCCGCAUGUCCGCUUUCCUCAUAGAUGGUCUCCGGCGAGCGUUGUCUGGCGGCGGACGACGAGUUGUCGAAGAAUAAUAUGAAGGAGAUGAUUGGUGGUUGCUGCGUUUGCUCUGAUGAGAGAGGCUGGGCGGAAAACCCGCUGGUGUACUGCGACGGACACGGCUGCAACGUCGCCGUGCAUCAAGCCUGCUAUGGCAUCGUGCAGGUGCCCACUGGUCCGUGGUUCUGCAGAAAGUGUGAAUCUCAGGAGAGAGCAGCCCGUGUGAGAUGUGAGCUGUGUCCCCACAAAGAUGGAGCCCUCAAGAGAACAGACAACGGAGGCUGGGCCCAUGUAGUUUGUGCUCUUUACAUACCGGAAGUGGAAUUCGCCAAUGUCUCGACGAUGGAGCCCAUAGUACUCCAGUCUGUGCCACAUGAUCGCUACAACAAGACAUGUUACAUCUGUGAGGACCAGGGCAGAGAGAGUAAAGCUGCCACUGGAGCCUGUAUGACUUGCAACAAACAUGGCUGCAGGCAGGCCUUCCAUGUCACAUGUGCCCAGUUUGCGGGGUUGUUAUGUGAGGAACAAGGAUCGGACGCAGACAAUGUCAAGUACUGUGGAUACUGCAAGUACCACCACAGCAAAUUGAAACACAAGGAGCGGGACCGGCACAAACCCAAACACAAGAAGGUCUCGAUGGACAUGUCGCCGUCCCUCGUCCUUCCUAACAUCUUGGUCCCAGACAAGACCUACAACAGCGGCAGCUCAGUGGGAGGAGUCACCUCUCUGCCGGCAUCCUCACAGAAUCGGCUGGACGACGGCACUUCCCGUUUCACGACUGCGAACUUUCAGGAAGUGUCGUCGGCUCUCUCCGGCGGCAGCUCUAAAGAUUGCUUAGCUGCAGAAGCUGGGAAGGUGGCGUCUGAGGUGAAGAACAAGAAGAACAGUGGCGCAAGUCAUGUGGUGGGACAGAGGGGUGGCCGCAAGUCCCUCACCACCUCAGGGAAACCCCUCCCUUCCGCCGUGGUCACCAUGGCAACCUCCUCCACAUCUGCCUCUGCUUCCACUGGGCCCUUCCACCAAGGGCUCCUGUUGACCAGUGCCAGCAAGACGCCCUCCGCUCCUUCCUCCUCGGACUUCCUAAGUUUCUCAGAUCCAUCGUUGCGUUCCGGGGGCGGGACUACGUUCUCCUCCCCGCCAUCUUUCAGCAGCUGCCUUGUGAAGCCGAGCUCGGAGGGCGGCGCCUCAGAGGGAACGACGACACUUUUCGGCUCUCUGAUGUCCACCACUACGGCGUCCGCAGUGGGCGGGAAGCUGUAUGAGAAUUCCCACAGCCACACAGCCAGCGAGAUGACAAGCCUCGGUGGCUCCGCCGGCUACAAACGGCCCCAACCCUCCAGCUCAGUGCCGGGGAUCGGAGGAGCAGCGGCAGGAGGAGGGGAUGAUGGAGUGAAGAAGAAAAAGAAGGGUGUUUCCUCUGGUGCGGAUGGGUCAUCGACGGCGACGGGAGUUGUCGCCGUUGGCGGAGCCGGCUCUGAGUUGUCACAGCAACAGCAACCCACACCUUCGCUAGCCCCUCCCUCUCCAUUCACUGCCACCGCACCCCUAACCAGUACAGCCUCCACACACGUGAGCGGUCUGCCGGGGUCCGUCUUCAACCUCGCUCCCUCCCACAUGUUUGGCAACAGGCUGAAUCCCAACUCGGCCAUGGCGGCACUCAUGGCCCAGUCCGAGGCUUCGCCAGCAGAUCAGGAGGUGGGAGACGGCAGCAGCGGCGUCGGAGCUCAGGGCUUCUCCAUAAGAGCUUCUCCCAAGACCACCCCACGCUCUCCCAUUGGUGGCCUGCAGAUCCGCUAUGACUCCUCGGGGUCGUUGCCGGGGCUUGGGUUGCUAGGGGCGGGAGCAGGCGGCGGGGAGACGCUGCCCCCGGUGGCCACCAGUAUUGAACAGCUUCUGGAGAGGCAGUGGAACGAAGGGCAGAGCUUCCUGCUGCAGCAGGGAGCGCAGGGGGACGUGCUGGGCAUGUUGAAGUCCCUCCACCAGCUGCAGGAGGAGAACAGGAGGCUGGAGGAGCAGAUUAAAACUCUGACCAUGAAGAAAGAGAGACUGCAGCUCCUCAGCGCUCAGCUAUCAGUGCCUUUCACCUCCAGCAUGGCGUCCUCUGAUAUGAAAGGAGGCCAGCUGGGAGCCACCGACUCAUCUCUACCUGGGGCAGCUCAGGACGGUGCGUCAUGUGGUGGCCACAGCAGUUGUGGCUCCACCUCAUCUCUCUCCACCCCUCCCUCCGUCUCCCAGAGCCCGCCACAGCUGAACGGGAUCGCUGCCGUGGGAACGGCCUCGGCCAGGCUGGGUGGGGUGGCAGGGCUGAUGGGUGCUCUGGGUGCAGGUGGCAUGGCGGGAAUUGUCGGGGCGCUGAACGGAGUGAUCCAGACACCGACGGGCACCGCCAGCCCUCACACACACAAUACAGGAGCAGCUGCGGGCGUCACGUUGCCGCAUAAUGGCCCAACAGUCAGUAAGAGCAGCGCUGCGCGGCUCGGCCUGCUGUCGGAGCAGCACAGACUCCUGCAGCAGCAUCAGCUCCAGCAGCUGCUGGCCUCGCAGCCUUCAGCGGAGCAGCAGCAGGUGUUGCUCUACCAACUGAUGCAGCAGCAGCAGGACCUCCAGCAGCUGCAAUCCCUCUCCUCCUCUGCCCAUAUUCCCUCCAUCCCGCUCACCUGCCCUCAGCUGCCCAUCAACAACCUGCUGCCCGGCGCCCAGGGCCAAGGCACCAUCACCGCCAACCCCUUCCUGGCGCUGCAGCACGCACAUGCUGACACACACGCCUCGGGGCCUCAGAAGCCGCGGCUCGCCGAGAAGGCCAUGGGGCAAGAGAAGACGUGACGGCAGAUGCCCUUUAUGUUUUGGUUGUCAAUAUUUUGUUAUUUCAUUUCUGAAUAAACAUGCGGAGUCUUCAGGAGAUCGACCUGUUGGUCACCUUUGUGGUUAAGUGAUGAGAACCAGUCACCAACUCACUGUAGUGGACCUUGUCAGGUUUAUUGCGUAACUACUUUCAGGUUACAGUCGAAACAUUUGUCUUAAUUUGAACUAUUUAUGUCUAUCCAAAUUUUAGAUUACAAAAAAAAAAAAAAAACUUUUUAGCUUUUGUGCUGCUUCAAGUUCUAAUUUGUAACGGAUUUCCAUUUAAUAUCACUGGUAGCAACUUAGUGUGUGAGUAAAUAAGCACAUGUUGUGUUUGAUCUCUUCUCUCACCGGGUGAGUUGACAAACGGGUCAGCCUUUAUCUUCUUUGAUUUUCUCUUCAUAUUGUCUUCUCUAAUCUCAUCAUCAAGCUUCCUCACUUUUAUUUGUUCUCUUUUUUGCCGCGUCAUGUUUUUUGUUUGUUUUUGUUUUUCCCCCGUUUCCUGUCUUUUUUUCUCUUUUUUCUCUUAUUUCCUCUGCUUCUGCAUCCUCCACACUAAGAACCAUCUCGGUCUGGUCUCUCUGCUGUCUCACUCUCUCAGGGGCCUCAGCUCACAAGCUAGCACACAUGCAGAACUAAAAACAUAAGAAGAAAUUUAACAAAUACAUGUAUGUAAAAAAAAGAAACUAGGAUUCCCCACCACAGGACUUAACGGUAGCAGAUGUAUGUCUUGACAUCUGUCUUGCAGCGAUCCUGAGGGCAAUAUUGGGUGAGAGGCUUGUGAAAAUAUCCCACAUGUUCUCGCUGUUGCUGCUGUCCCCUUGUCUGUCACUGUUUGUGUGGAUCCAUUAAUGUCACAGAGCCUCAUACAGUCACCGCAGAAGCCUUGCUUUGGACUGUCGUCUCUGGGCCGGAUACAGGCGGCUCACUCGGGGAAGUGAAAUGUAAACAAAAAACUAAAAAACAAUAGCAAGUUGAAUGUUUGGCUGCAUUAAUCCACGCGGCGCCGGCUCAAAGAGAUAUUAUGCAGUUGGUUGUCGGCGCGUGGAAGUCGUUACAUUUCAUCUUCUUGAUUGAGCCCCCUGCUGCACCUACCUCUCCAGCAGGACCAGCCUAUCAGGACCUAACAGGCCGACAGCAGCGGCCGCGAAUAACCCACAACCAUGAGGACUGGCCAAUCAGGGUCCAAACCCAAGUGCCUGAGGCCAGGGGGGGAGGGGGAGGGAAAGGGGGGAUUUGUUUCCUUUUACCUGUGUCCCUGUCACUCAGCCCAAUUAAUGCUACUGGUAAUUAAGCUGUGUUGCCAAGGCAACUGAUUACAAACAUACAUGUGACGUGCAGUCUCUUUAAAAUAACCAGGAAAUGUUCUGCUGCAUUCUCUAAUAGCAAAGCCAACUUUGUAUUGUGCUUUUUAUUUAUUGGGAGUGUGUUUGUGUGAUGGGCGUACGAUAUAUUUUAAAAGCCUGCUGGUGUUGCAACUUAACAUAUACUACUGUGUAAAGUUGUGUUUUUCCCCUCAUACAGUCCAAUCUUGCUGUAAACCCGUUUAAUGACUUUGACUGUGUUGUGUUUUAAAAGCUAGAAGCUACUUGCUAAUUGGGGAGGGGUGUGGUUGUGUGUGUAUAUAGCUGUUUUCAGGGGGGGGGGGGGGUUUGUCGGGGCGUUCACUGGCACCGUUUUACCUCGUUAAGUGUACAUAAACCUUUCUCAUUGGCCGUUGCUGUACAUAAGUGAUUGUGAUUAGCUGUGCUGGUGUGAAGGAAAGCCAAUGAAGCCUCAAUUUGUGUGUGCGUGUGUGUGUGAGAAUCUUUAGGACCAGAUAAAAAAGGGUUGACAGUGACUGGACACACAAAGUAUUAAUUUAUUUUUAUAUGUGCAGGGACAGUGGGUUUCUUUUUACGUUUUGCACCAUUUUCUUGAAGUCAUUUUAUACUCUGUGUUUUCAUCUGUGCACACAUUUGUUUGAAUACAUUUUGUACAAGUGGAAAAUAAUAGGAGUGGGGAGGGGGUGUAAUCUGACAUUGUAUUUCAAAACACCAAAAUAAAGAAACUAUGGAGAAAGUAACAGAA